UCAAAGGAUCCUCAGUCUCAUCGCUGUUGUGGUUUAUUAUAUAAAUACAUGUAUGAAUUGGGAGCUUAUUUUCCGCUUCACGUUGAUCGACGUUGACAGAUAGUGAACGCGUACACGAACUGAUAUCGUGAAAGUCAUUCAUUUAUUUGCUGGGUUUGUAUUUGAAGAAACCUCCUGAAAGCUCAGUCUCGAUUAAAACAGGCACGGAGUGUUGCAAGGAAGCAAUCAUAUCCAUGUCUGAAACCUGAGGGUGAUGCUUUGGCUUGUUGGAAAUGCCGUUGUAAAUGCGCCUUUCUCAUCCAGCAGGUUGUCGGUGUGUGUGUGUGUGUUUGAGUUUUGCUUUUAGCAUCAGCCCUGGAGACCACUAGGAUUUAAACCGUCUUUCCGCAAGUCCACACUAAACGAAUAUCUAACAAACAACAGAGAGAGAAAAAAAUGUCUGGUUGUCUUAUCUGCAAACGCGUUGUUCUCCCCAGUGACUUUCAAAAGGCAGUUUGUUAAAUAACAAGAGGGGAGAGAUGUUUAAAAAAAAACAAUCUGCACAGAAGCUGCAUCGUGGUUGUCGGGAGCAGGGUGUUGUCUGGUGUGUGUGUUUUUUUGAUGGAGGGAAAAUAUGGUCACGUACUUUCUGGAAAUAAGCCCAUCACUUCUCUCUCUCUCUCCCUCCCUCUCUCUCACACAUAGAGGUCGACUGCAUCUCCGAGGAGGGAAAAGAGGUGACUGAUCAAUUUUAAGCAGAACUGUCAUUCCGUUUGACUUCACCUGCCCGCCUCACUGUCUGGCAAGAUGCGAAUGGGGAAGGCGCUAAGGGGAUAGCAGCUAACCUUACCAUCGACUUGGUGGUUUCACAGGAGGGGGGUAAAAGAAAACACAGCCAGAGAGAGAAAAUAACACACACACAGCACACGCCAACCCCCCCCCCCCCACCUCAAAACAAACAACAACAAAAAAAAACAAUUCACAGCUUCGGGUCUUCGUUUCCGAGUCAUGUCUGAGCCGGAGAGAUGGGCAAGAUUGACGACAACGAGCGGAUAGUUCUCAAUGUUGGGGGAACUCGGCACGAAACUUACAGGACCACGUUGAAGACGCUGCCCGGGACCCGGCUAGCCCUGCUCGCCGACUCGGAUGGGCAGAGCCUCCCUGACUGCGACCCUCGAGUUAACCAGUACUUCUUCGACCGCCACCCGGGAGUGUUCGCCUAUGUGCUCAACUACUACCGGACGGGCAAGCUGCACUGCCCGGCUGAUGUGUGCGGGCCCCUCUUCGAGGAGGAGCUCGCCUUCUGGGGCAUCGAUGAGACCGACGUGGAGCCUUGCUGCUGGAUGACCUACAGGCAGCACCGGGACGCCGAGGAAGCGCUGGACAUCUUCGAAGCGCCCGACCUGCUGAACGGCGAGUCCCCGGAGCCAGACGAUGAGGAUGAGCUCAACAGGAGACUGGGCAUCGAGGAGUGUAGCCCGGGCGCUACGGGCAAGGCCAACCGAUGGAAGAGGUGGCAACCCCGGAUCUGGGCACUCUUCGAAGAUCCCUACUCAUCCAGAGCAGCCAGGUUCAUUGCCUUUGCCUCUUUAUUGUUCAUCCUCGUCUCAAUCACCACCUUUUGCCUCGAGACACAUGAGGCAUUUAACAAGAUUGUUAACAAAACAGAACAUGUAAUAAAUGGGAAUUCAUCUCAAUUAAUCCAACAUCUUGAGAUGGAAACAGACCCAGCAUUGACAUACAUCGAAGGUGUAUGUGUAGUAUGGUUUACUAUUGAAUUUUUAGUUCGAAUUAUCUUCUGCCCUGAUAAACUUGAAUUCAUCAAAAAUCUUCUAAAUAUUAUUGACUUUGUUGCAAUUUUACCCUUUUAUUUGGAGGUGGGACUCCGUGGACUUUCAUCAAAGGCUGCAAAAGAUGUGCUGGGCUUCCUCAGGGUGGUAAGGUUUGUCAGAAUUUUGCGAAUCUUCAAGCUAACCCGUCACUUUGUGGGGUUGAGAGUUCUUGGACACACUCUCCGUGCUAGCACUAAUGAAUUUCUGCUCUUAAUCAUUUUCUUGGCACUGGGUGUGUUGAUAUUUGCUACAAUGAUUUACUAUGCUGAGAGAAUCGGAGCAAACCCAAAUGAUCCAACAGCUAGUCACCACACCAAGUUCAAAAAUAUCCCUAUUGGAUUCUGGUGGGCAGUCGUAACCAUGACAACACUUGGAUAUGGAGACAUGUACCCUCAGACCUGGUCGGGCAUGUUAGUAGGAGCUCUCUGUGCCCUUGCGGGCGUGCUGACAAUAGCAAUGCCUGUACCAGUUAUUGUCAAUAAUUUUGGAAUGUACUAUUCACUGGCCAUGGCAAAACAGAAGCUUCCAAGAAAGAGAAAGAAACACAUCUCCCAAGCUCCACAAGCAGGGUCUCCAACUUACUGCAAAACUGAUCUGAAUACGCCUUGCAACAGCACUCAAAGUGAUGUGUGUCCUUUUGGGAAAGAUAAGCUGGAGUGUAACAGGACAGGGCUUCUAGAACUUACCACUGCUCAGCUCAUUACAUCUGAAUUUCAUCAUGAGAGAGAAGAGGAGGUGUGGAUGGCUGCCAUGCAGGUAAGAUUGAUCCCGAGGAAGACUUCAAUUAUUCACCGUCACCAUCCAAACCACAUGUUCAGGCAAAGACCGAUUUACCUAGAUUAAGGAUCCUGGAUCCAAGAUGCGGCGUCUGCAUGGUUUAAGGUUGUCAGUGGAAGUAACGACAGAACUGUGCCAAAUGCUGGAGAAAUCUGCCACCACCUGUGCCACGGGAUUGACACGAACGCUGACAGACUUAAGCACUUAUUGUUUUGGUACCAAGCUAGCAUUAUCUGCAGUGCUCCAAUCCACUGUGAUGUUCACAGAUGUAUGGAAAUGGUGACAUAUCAUCUGCAUUUCUGCUGACUGGUAAUAUAAGUGUAGCAUGGCAACCUAAUAUCACUGCAUUCCUGCAAUUUCCCAAUGUAAUGGUGUCCCGGUAUAAAUCAGAAGAUUCUUGCUUCUCUUUUGUGAGUACUACUUGUUCUUCAUCGUAUUUGCAUUCUGAUAUAGCCUCUACUACCUCUUGAAGUUCACAUCUUGCAAAAGCUGGGAUGUGUGUAACUGCUGCAACUUGUAAGUUGGUGAGUGGAAUGCAUGGUGCUGUGAGGUGCUGUCUUGUCAUGGCCUGUUGUCACUGUCGGAAGACUAAUGCCCAAGGCUUAAAGUGGCAAGCAUGUGACUAACAUUACAAAGUUGUCUCCAAGACAUGUCUUCCAAUAUAGUUUGCAACAUUGUAAUAAGCUGUUUUUGUUGUUAUGUGGGACUGAGUAUAUGAGAGCCAUAUGUAAAACUGUAAGGUAAAGUGCUUUUCACAUCAAUAGCAUUUCCCUGAUAGCUACACAGUUUAAGAAAUAGUUUUCAAGUGUAGACACUGCUGACAUGUAGCCAAAAUGUGGCAGCCCGUUAUUGCAUGGCAAGUUCCCACACACCAAACAAUGAGAUUUAUUUUAUUUUUUCUUUCAAAAUGUGUGUGACUUUUCUAAAGACAGAUUCAUUUCUCAUAUAUAGAUAACCUGAGAAGGUGAUGAUGAGACUGAGUCUCCUCCUUGAAUUAUAGCAGCACUUGCAACAAUGGUAUUCCCAGAAUGGCAUUAGAUUGGGAAUUUUUGAAUAUUGACCCUAAAUUUAAGCAUUUUUUUUCUGGAGAUUCCAAGGCUCUUCUGCCAAAGUUACUGCAGGUGAGAGAACAAGCUCCCACAGAAAUUCACACUGGAGUGUGCUAAUCCUCUGAAUAAUAAACCAUGAUAUUUUUCUCCAUCUGUUACUAUGGCCAGCAAUAAUAAGAAUCAAAUGUGCCUGGGUCAGAAGUAUAUGUUUAGCAGGUUACCCAGCAGCACUCCAUGCAUUACCAUAGCCUUCUUUUAUGGAACUGAAGGCUGGGCAUAUUUUUCCAGUUGAAGGCACAUCAUCUUCUUCCGCUUCUGUCCCCAUGCCUAUGAGCAUGGCAUAUAGCAAUGGAUGUGACUUCCUCUUCCUGUGAGGCGUGUAGGCCUCUCCCCUGGAGAAAGUGCUCUGGAAGGGCUAAAUACCUCAAAUUCAUUGCGUAUGACAUCACCAGAUUUAAUGUAUCAUUCCAGCACUAGUUCUAAAACUGUUUUUCUACCUUGAUACUGUCAAUCAUUUACCUUCUACUUGUUUGACCACAAACUUUUCAAAAAUGUUCAAAUAUUCCAAUGGUUGUUAAGCAUAAUACUUUUCUUUUGUUACCUUUUAGCUGUAAGGUUUCCCAUCUACAUAAGUUACUAGUUUCACUAUGCAAUUUGUUAACCCAAACUGAUAAGGUUGGCCAAUGUGGGCCAGGAGUUCAUCCCCCAUAUUAAAUCAGAUAGAUCCUCGUCAUUCUUGCUAACCAGUUUAUCCAACUGGCUAUGUAUGAUUCCUAUCCACUACCUUCCGGCUCCACUCAUGGACCUUAAAAUUAGCUCUAAACUGCCUGUGCUCAUUUCAUGUUUCAGUCUGUAAUUAUGGCAUUAUUAUUUUCUGCUGGUUCGUAGCCAAUAUGAUUGCGCACGUUCAGUAAUGUUGAUGUUUUUCCAUUUCAUCCUAUUUUAGUGCAGAACCAUUAUACAAUGAACAUCUCUAACAUCCUUGAAAUAUAGGAAACAUCUGGUGUUAAUAAGGCGAGAUUGUAGCAUCUCAGGAUCCAUAUCCUGCCCUGAUUCUGAGUCAUCACCUCCUGAGGUGGUGAACAAUUAUUUCUAUCAGUUAUUGCAGUUUCCUUCCUGAAAUCCUGUCAGUUUCCCUCUUCAAUUCUCGCACCACCUUUUUAAAAAAUGAAACUCCCAUAUGCUACAAUUAUAAUCAUUAGCAAAAAUUGUUCUUCUUCUGAUUGUGAAAGAUAUUUGGAAAGGGAAUAAUUAUCAUUGGUUAGAUUCUUUUGUGUUGCUUACUAAAUACUUUCAGUGAGGAAAGGAAAUCAUGAGAGAUAUUUCAAAUUGUUCUCUAAAUGCCAUUCUUUCUCACCUUUUCGUGCAUUGGAUGAUACUGCAAUGGGUCAUUGAAAUAACCAAAAUGAUCAGUGUAAUUUCCCAAAUUAGUGGUACCAACAAGGGGCCUUGGCCACCAGGUCCACACUUUGGAGAUUUGGGUGAUGUUACACAUGAUUUUCCACUUCUUGCUGCAUACCUUUGUCAAGUAGGGCUUUCAUGUGUCUCUUAGAUGUCCAUGAAUCCUGAGUGGUUGGGGAUGAAGGAAUUAGAUACAAAUAUUAGAAUUCCACACACUGAUUCUUCUGAAGGACAACAAUUUUACAUUAACAUUGUAAAAUGCCCCAAGAUACUUAAUUAAAGCGUUACCAAACAUUAUUUGAGGUACUCAUUUUCUGCAAAUUCAUUCAAGUGAGGUGGACAUUGUUGGCAAGGCCAAGAAUCAUAGAAUCCCUACAGUGUGGAAACAGGCCUUUCGGCCUAACAAGUCCACACUGACCCAUUCCCCUACC